AUGAGGAUCGUUUUCGACGCUUCACCAGCUGAGACACCCAGGACAUCUGUAAACGACUGUCUGGAUGCAGGGCCGAACCUUAACCCCGAUAUAGUCCCGGUUCUUCUCAACUUCAGAACACACAAAGUAACACUUGUUGCAGACGUGAAAGAGGCGUUCCUGCGGAUGCUCAUACAAGAAGACAGAGGUGCACUUCGUAUGCUGUGGUGGGAGCACAUACCAUAUACUACGGAAAAUAACAAAUUGGAGACAUGGAGGAUGACAAGGGUAACCUUUGGAAUUGCUUCGAGCACGUUUCUACUAGCAGCGACGAUAAAAGCACACUUGCAGUCCGUGAAGGAUAAGUUUCCGGACACUGUGCGGAUGUUGGAAAAAUCUGUUUACGUCGACGACGUGAUCAUCGGAGGAAGCAGUGAUGAGGAUGCAAGAAAUGUUUAUUUAGAAGCAAGAGAGAUAUUUAGUACAGCUGACAUGGAAUUAAGGAAAUGGACGUCAAGCUCCAAGGAUCUGAUGCAGCUAUUUGCAAGUGACUUCGAGGGAGAAGAACCUAACAGACAAGUACGCGAAAAAGGGCAAAUCAAGGUACUUGGACUUAACUGGAAUGUCGAAAAAGAUGAGAUCGAUAUAUCUGCAGAGAAUAGCGUGAAAGACAUGAACGAAGAGUCACUGUGGACCAAACGUAUGGUGCUACAACGUGUCGCAAGGAUAUAUGAUCCAUUGGGGAUGUUAGCACCCGUAAUUGUUGCAGCAAAGAUAUUACUGCAUGGUCUGUGGAAAAAGAUCUCAUGGGACGAUCACCCGCAGAAGAAUCAACAAGAGCGAUGA